UAAUGUUUUGUAGAGCCUAAUCUGCCGACAAAUUUUCGUUUGCUCAAUUUAGUUGGCUUUAAUUGUUGAUUGAUUGCAUUGUUGCUUCCAUAGUUGUGGUUUAAUUAUGUUAAGUUCUAGUUUAGGCGCCGAUUGUUGUUCUCUUCGGGAAAAAGAGCACCGCGAUGGCUUGCAACUUUAACUCCAACCAGUUCGAAAAGGCGUACAAGCCGAAGGCGCUGGGCAACUGGCAAGUGCCCGUGCGGAAAUCUGAGCGACCAAAGGCCCGAACUGGACACACCGAGUUCAUCGCCGACCACAGGGGCCACUUGCUGCCCGAGGUGGUGUCCACCAAGCGUGCCAACCGGCCCUGGAAUUGCGGCCCCUUCACUGCCUGGGACUACCCGAAGAAGAUCACUCGGUCUUACGCCAAGCAGAUGGAGGCGGUAUCCAGCAAAAGGUUCUCCGCGUGGCUCAAGCGCUCUGCCCACAUACCCCUGCCGCAGCAGGAAGCACCCUCGACGCCCUCCCAGGUGACGAGUCUUCCUAAGAGCAGCAGGUCGUCCUCUGUGGGGCAGCUGAGUGCCGUCCGAUCGCUUCCCAGCAGCACCCACUCCAAUCGCUCCAACCGCCCCCGCACAGCCUCCGUCGCAAGCCAGAGAAGCGCGUCCGUCGGCUCCGUCAAGUCGUCCACUUCCUCGCUCAAGCUACCCCCGCCUGCCAACUCCCUCGACACCGCACAGAGUCCUCCGCCACUGUCGAAAGCUUACUCGACGAUGCACGCGGCCAAGGUGCUGGCCGACGAGAGCCGCACACACCAACCGCUGGCCGACGCCAUCGUUGAGCCCGACCUUCGUGGCUUUGUGGACAAAAAGGCGUCACCCCACACCAGGGAGCAGGGCACCUCGCCACGGGCGCUGAGCACGCCUCCGAAGAAGCGGCCGAGCACGUGCCAUCCUCUGCAGAAGGUUUCCGAAAUCGACCUGGCCAUCAGGUGGGACCUGCGUGGCGGCGGCCAGUCAUUGCUGGAGCAGCAGCCGUCCAAGGUGGCCCCUGCCGUGUUCAACACCGUCGCCCCCGUCGAGGAGCCAAAGGUUCCGGCCCUGGCCUUCCAAAAGACGUCGUCCCCGGUGCCCAAGAACCCUGGGCUGGCCAAACACCGGUCAAAGAGCGCAUGCAACCUGACGACCAAGCCUCUGAAGGACGAUAAGAGCCGAGAGGCGGAGAAAUGUGAUCACAAGCGGCCGCACACGGCCAAGCUGAACGCCGUACCCAAGCCCAAGAUGCCGUUCAGCAAGAGGAGCUACUCGAUCGGCACCCUGGCGCCGCCCUUCUCCCUCUGGCCCGACGGAACUAAGAGACAGGACUACCCUGACCACUGGAGACUCGCCUCCGUCUAUCAGCACUCGUUCAAGCCCAUCCAUCUGAGGAAGAAGCCGCUUCUUGCCAGCAUUUUCCAGUAAAUUCCAGUAAAUAGUAA